UUUGGUUUGAACUGUCAGUGAGUGCGAUGUGAGUGCGGUGUGUCGUCUAGUAGGAGUGGAAAUUUUCCCCCGUGGAGCGCAACAAAAAAAAUCAAUCAAACCCCCCUCAAAAAACAGUUCCUAGCAUUUGAAUCGGAAAGUGCGAAAAUUCCAAAACGCGUUGGUGUCCUAGUGUCAGGAAUCGGUUUGCGCUUGGAAGGUUCCUGUGUAAUCACCAUCCCCUAGAGAAGUUGGCAGUUACCGAGUGAUCAGGAAGCUUUUAGAUUGCACUAAAUGGAAGUGGAGAAAAAAGAAAUGGCUGAAGGUAAUGGUGAACUCGUCGAGGAUAUGGCAAACCAGAAGAUGGAAGGAGCUGGCGAUGGCGAACGGACAGAAGACUACACCAAACUGCUAGAAUACGGGCUCGACAAAAAGGUCGCUGGCAAGCUCGAUGACAUCUACAAAACCGGCAAGCUCGCUCACACCGAACUGGACGAGCGGGCCCUGGACGCCCUGAAGGAGUUCCCCGUCGAUGGUGCCUUGAAUGUACUGAGCCAGUUCCUAGAAUCCAACCUCGAGCAUGUAUCCAACAAAUCGGCCUACCUGUGUGGGGUGAUGAAAACCUACCGCCAGAAAAGCAGAGCCAGCCAACAGGGACUACCCACACCUGCAAUAACAGUACAAGCGAAAGGUCCGGACGAGGACAAGAUCAAAGCCAUUCUGGAACGCACAGGAUACACACUCGAUGUGACCACAGGACAACGAAAGUACGGCGGCCCGCCUCCGAACUGGGAGGGCGGCACCCCGGGCAACGGGUGCGAGGUGUUUUGCGGCAAAAUACCCAAAGACAUGUUCGAGGACGAGCUCAUACCGCUGUUCGAAAAGUGCGGCAAAAUCUGGGACCUGCGCCUCAUGAUGGACCCGAUGACCGGCACGAAUCGGGGCUACGCGUUCGUCACCUUCACCUCACGGGAUGCCGCCUCCAAUGCAGUGCGGGACCUGAAUGAUUAUGAAAUUCGGAAAGGCAAAAAGAUUGGUGUAACGAUAUCAUUUAACAAUCACCGGCUCUUUGUCGGAAAUAUUCCUAAGAAUAGAGAUCGCGAUGAGUUGUUAGAGGAAUUUGCUAAAUACGCACCCGGCCUAAUGGAAGUGAUAAUCUACAGUUCCCCGGACGACAAGAAGAAGAACCGAGGAUUCUGCUUCCUCGAGUACGAAUCACACAAAGCGGCUUCGCUAGCGAAGCGACGACUCGGAACCGGAAGGAUAAAGGUGUGGGGAUGUGAUAUAAUAGUGGACUGGGCGGACCCCCAGGAAGAACCCGAUGAACAGACCAUGAGCAAGGUUAAAGUAUUAUACGUGCGCAAUCUGACACAGGACACGAGCGAAGAAAAGUUGAAGGAAAGUUUCGAACAGUUUGGCAAAGUUGAACGAGUGAAGAAAAUCAAAGAUUACGCUUUUAUUCAUUUCGAGGACCGUGACCACGCGGUCAACGCGAUGAAGGAACUGGACGGCAAGGAUCUGGGAGGAUCUAACUUGGAGGUUUGUGUGUCCCUGGCGAAACCUCCGUCCGACAAGAAGAAGAAGGAGGAAAUCCUGCGAGCUCGGGAAAGGCGCAUGAAUCAGUUUCUGACGUCCAGGAUGGGAAUUGUUGGUGAUUUCGUUCCUCCCUACAGCAUGUCGCCCCAGCAUGCCAGUAUGAUGCCAGGUGCAAUGCCGCCGAUGCGAAUUCCCAGCGGCACCGGCGGUCCCCGAGGAGCUCCCAUGCGUGGCCCGAUGAGCCGCGGCGACUAUGCAGCAAUCGGUAAACGUAAGUUCGACGGAGGUCACCAAAAUCAAGGGGAUAUCAAACGGCGCUACGGAGCGGCUGCAGCAGCGGCAUUAGGAAAUCUUGGUAAUAACUGGGGCAGUCAACCGUUGCCCCAACAGCCCCUCGGCACCAACGGUGGGGAACAGUGGUACACCGACAGUACCUACUCGGUGUGGAGCUAAAGAAACAACGUCCGCAACUCGUAUCAACAAUUAGCAGCAACAACAGCAACAACAACAACAAUACUUACACAAACUCACUUCGAAUGGAAUUUUUCACUAACACACUUUAACACUCACACACGUACACACACGAGAGCUACUACAGAUACACACAACUGGAUCGACAACAACACGGUUGGUGGUAUUGGAAAAAGCAGUCACCAACGACCCUGGCUACGAUUUUUAUUAGUACUAGUGAGAUCAUCAACAAAUAAACAAGCAAACAAAAGUAAGCAAGUGAACAAUUACGUAGCGAUUAACAUUGGUUCAUCAAAAUUGAAAAUAAGGCGAAAAGCUCUCACCAAUACAAUCGUAGUUACACUCUAAAUUGCAAACGUACUACUACUAUACGAUAAAAACAGACUCUUUUAAUUAACGGAAUAAAACACGAUUAGAUCGCUACUUAUACUGUAUAGAAAGCAACAAAAAAUAUCUUUCGCUAAUCAUCAAAAAAAAAAAACAACAAUAAGAAAACGGUAAAAAUGACUGAAUUUUCAUAAUUCUUAAUAUUUAAGAUAUAGAAAUUUAAACAAAAUCAGCAUAAAGAAAAUUAAUACGGUAAUGUAAUCAACCCAGUUGUAGGAUUUUAAAAUUAUUCAAACAUUCGGAACUUUGAGAUUAUGAAUCGCAAAAGUAACCCUAUAUUAAAAAAAACUAAACUCGUAUUAGGCCGAUAUGAUUUUUCAAAUUCUUGAGUUUUUAAGUUUCGAUUCGAUGCGGAGAAGAAAUUUAACAACACACAAGCUCACAAGCUCAUUCAAACAAACACCACACUCACACACCGACGACGGAAGGACACACGUUGUGAUCCAUACGUACACACCCACACACACACACCGCCACGCGCCACACUUACGGGGGCUGGGGCUAGAUAAGCGAACGUGAUAUACCUAAGUUAUCAUUUUUGCCACCGAACGGGGUGUAAUUUUGCAACACUAUUACCAAUAUUUUCUAAUUGCUUAUAAGAAUGCCUAAGUCGUAAUAAGGAUAAACAAUGAAUAAAAGCCACAAGCUGAGAAAAAAAAAUAAAAAAAUAAAUCAAACUCAAAAUGAAAAAAAAAAUCCGAUUUAGUUAGAUUGAGAGUUUUACCGUGCUUCAAAAGUAUGUCGAAAAUUAGAGGGCAACCAAAUUACAGGAAAAAAAUGAGGGAUGAAAUCGUUUCGGAAGUGAUCAGUUCGGCGCGGAUAAGGAACGUUUCGAAGAAACGGCGCAAGUUUUUUUUUGUUUUUAUUUUGGUGAUUCUUUGGCAAACUCAAAAGUGUAAAUAAACUUUCGGAAAGUGCGAAAUCGUGUAUUUAGUAAUAACUGCAAGAAAAGAAACUAGAAGAAAAUUCAAUUUGGAUGGUUCUCGAAAAUUAUGAACGAAAAUAAAGGAGAAAAAAUGCAAAAUUAUAAGCAACGUACUAGUGAUUUAUUUUGAAUAAAGAAGAUUAACAAACAUUUAUGAAAAAAAGUAUAUAAAAUUUAACAUGGUGAAAUGUGAUUAACUAAAAAAAGAAACAAUUGUAUAAAGAAAAAGAAAAAAACUUGUAAAAUUUGAAUGUGUAGGAUUUAGGCUCUUCGGGAUGAAAAGAAAUUGAUUUAUCAAUUUGGCUUGACGAAACGCAAAAAAAAAAAAACUAAAAACCAGUGAUUAUCGUGAAUCUUUCAAAAAGAAGCAGGAAAAAAGAAAAAAAAAUAGAAACGACAAAAGUGAUACGCGAAAAAAUUCAAAAUUUUCGGUGCGAAAAACAAGACGAAUUUCGGAAGUGAUUGAACAAACGUUUGGGUCAAACCUGGAAGAACAACCGUGUGAAACACGAAAAAUUAAGGCGAAAAAAAGUUUUCAAAAUCAGUUUUAGGCACAAAGAAGAACAUUUUCGGCGAAUAUCGGCAUAGCUUUUGAAACGUCGAAAGAAAAGUGAAAUGGAAAUAGUCUGACUAGAACUUUUUUGGUGGGGUACAGGAAAAAAAUGUAAUCUGGCAACACUUAUCGCGCGAUGACAACUGAGUGGAAGGCGAAGGCUCAGAAAGGCAAACACGUAAAAUGCUCACCGCUGUCGUAGCGUCGUUUUUAUUUUUAUGUUCAAGACGUUAACUUAUCUAUGGAUCGUUUUAAACAGAAAACUGGCAACACUGUAGGAACCACGUAUGUGACAAGCUUCACUGUUUUCGAAAACUCAGUUUGAUUGUAGUAAACACACACACAGAGCAGUGUCCUGUUAAAACCUAACCAGAUUAACCUUGUAUUGGGACCGUAGUGGAGUUUAAAUCAACUUUUGUUCAGUUAACUUUGUUAUUUGUUGAUUUAAAACACAAUAUUUUAAAACAAAUUUAAGAGGAAAAAAAAACAGCAAAGAAGGUUAGCAGAAAUCGUUCACAGCAAACUAGAUCUUAGCACUGAAGAUUUUGAUGUAGAAGUAAAAGGUAAAAGCGAUAGAAACCACGCGACCGGUAGCGAGACAAAGGAGCCGGAGCCGACGUUUCGGCUCUUCACGGAUCGAGUCGUUUGUGGUGCUAGUUUUCCAGCUUUUACCAUGUCAGAAAACACUAGGAAUGGUGCCCCAAAAAGCUGCCUUAAACGAAAUUUUCACUCGACAAGAAUCAAGCAGGCAUAAUAACCACACACGGAGAAACACACUAAGCGGAGCGGGAAGGAAACGUCAAGCGGGAAAAGAAUGAUGAAGAAGGCACGAGAAGAGCGAUACACAACAGAAACCUACAAGCAACACAAAAAGUGGGAGAAAAGACUGAAUGAAAAUUAUUUCAAAUUAUUUAGAAGAAGGAAUAGGAGCAGGAGCGCAGAAGCAAACCAAGAAAAGAACGUUUCCGUUUAGAGAGUGCAAAACAAAGAUGGCGACAAUGGCCGUCUCCGGACCGGUAGAUUGCCGACCCCCAGUUUUGCAUAGGAGCCAGGAUCUCUGAGCAGCGCGAGCGCGGAUGGUCUACUCCAGCUUUGGAGAAAGCAAAACGCGAAUCGGAAGGACAAAACGCAGACUCGUCAACCCUUUUUCUAAUAGUGUGCUAGGAACGUUCGAUUAUUAUUUGUUUUUCUGUCAAAAUCACGGUCGGAAUCUGUAAAGAGAGAAGCAAGCAAAACGCUAAAAGUGAAAGAAAGUAAAAUUAUGCAAUAUUCAAUCAUUAUUUUUAAUAUUUUUGUGUACGUUCUAAAACUCAAAACAAAAUAUGUAGCCCGAGUAAUAAGAUUGUAAAAGUGAACCGAUAAAUUUAGUUUUAGAUAAGUUUUCCAGGUCGACAGGAUUGGAUCUAGAAAGGUUAUUAUUUUUUGAAACACGUGCAAAACAUGAUCUGAAUGGCAGUAGGCCGUGCCCACCGAUGACAGCCAAGCCAGUGUUGCCAACUGAAAUGCGAAUUUCUUUGUUUGAUUGCUGUUCUGUUUGGUCAAAAACUAAAACGUUACCCUUUGUUUAUCUUUUUUCCUAGCUGUUAUAUUCCGUUAAUUCUUUUUCGUUACCUUUUAGUUGUUGUCUUUCUUAGCCAUAACCUGUACUUUGUUUUAGUUCAUCUUUGUUGAUCCAAUGUUUCGAAUCAAUUUCGGCUGGUGGCACUUGCCGGAUGCCUUGGGCGAGAAUGGCCUACUGUCAGGACGGAUUCGGCGCGUACGUUCGGCGGAAAAAAAUAACCUAAUUAAAUAAAUAUUAACGUUUAGAUGUUAUUCUUAAUUGUACGCGACAGAAAGAAAAACGCUCGGAAACUUAUUGUAAAGAAGCUACUGAUAAUGGAAAGAAAUGAAAAUCAAACACUGACAGAACUAAUCGGAGAAAAUAUAAAAACAAAAAGUGAAAACAGAGAAUGCGAAAACAUAUUUGUAUAAAAAUAUAUAUUGAAAAGUUAUUAUGUUAAUUAUAUAUUUUUUUUAUUUUAUAUUGUAUUUUGAUAACGUAAAUUUUAAUUAUUUUAGAUAAAAUUACCCUAUUUUUAGUUCAUGCAAGAGAUAGACGAUCCCAGCAAACAAAACGAAAGCAAAAUAUUUUCAAAAAACAAAAUAAUCAGAACACCAUGAACGAUUUCCCCCUUCUACCGUUUAAAUUGAAUAGGCAACAACCCUUUUUAACAUAAUUAAUUAAUUUUAAAUUAUCCAAAAGCCUCCACACACUAUUUUUAUUUAAUUUUUACAAGGUUUAAUUUUAAAACGAAACGUCAACGUGAAGCAACAUACAAGUUACAUAACCAAUUACACACACACUACUACACCCCUUUUCAAUUUUCAUUUUUUGAACGUCAAUCUAGUUUAGUGAACGUGUUCCGAACAGAUUAACUGCAAAACAAAACAGAUGUGGAAUCGCAAAAACAAAAGAACCAUAAUAUAUUAUUCACAGAAUUUUAAUCUUAUACAUAGUAAAGCAGAAUAGUUUUUAAUCUCCUUAUCUAAACAGCAACGCAGCAAAGCAAACUAGUUUUUUCAGACAACCCAUACAAAGCAGAAGAACAACAAAAUCGAAUCCAGAGACUCGGUACGUCAGAUCGAUGAUAAAUGACCCCUUGAUUUAAAGAAAGCAAAGAUUUACAAAAUGGUGACCUCGAAUCAGAACGCCGUUUGUUAUCAUUUUCACCCACUCAUUACUCAAAUGAGCAAAAACUGAGAGCCAUCCAAGGAUAGACCACGCAAAUGCCAGAGUACCAGGAGGAAUGAAUGUCAUAUGAAGCUAUAGGAAGAAACAAGACACUAACAACAAACAAGACAACCACAGAGAACUUCACAGCAACAAAGCGAAUGAAGAGAAAGAGAGCGAGAGGGAAACGAAAGGAACGAAACACAGCCAGCAAACAGUCAAAGCCAACUUAUUCCAGACAUACCAUUUCACCUUUCAGUCACAACAGAUUAUUGUUUCUUGAUACCACCAUCAUACACACAAAAACACACACACAUCUAAACCUGUCAUCACAGCCAUUCUCUUCUGUUCACUCCUCGCGCUGACUCUGUCCAGUGGGUACAGCAGUUUUUGUUCUCUCCUCGCACAUUCCCUGACCUUCCACUGACGCCUCAUCGUCCUCCUCCACCUCCUCCAUGUGUUCACAGUACAGUUUUGUUUUGUAUUUUUUGUUCAAUUUUCGAUUCAGCAUUUUUUUGCCUCAAUGGGGCACGUUCGGUGUAGUACUAGAUUUGUAGUAAUGAGCUGAAUUUUUGUAUGGUGAGAAGGUCAGUUCUCUGUUUCUGCAAUGAAAUGGUACAAAAAGCGUGGGUAUUAUGAUUCCUUGCCUAAUUUGAUGCUCUUUGAGCAAAACUUUGGAUAACUAUGUUGUUUAUGUUGCAAGAAAUGGUGAAAACAACAACACUGUUGCCCAAAGUUUUUCUCAAUCAGCAUCAAAUUAGGCAAGGAAUCAUAAUACCCACGCUUUUUGCACCAUUUCUCUGCUGAAACGGAGAAUUGACCUUCUCACCAUACUAAAAUUCAGCUCAUUACUACAAAUCUAGUACUUCACUGACCUGUCCUAUUCUCCCUUUCAUAUUUAUUUCGUGUUCUUUAACAAUAGUACAGUACUCUUCACUUCUCACCUGGAACCCCCUCUUCUGUCAUUUAUUUUUUCUUGUAGUUAACCAAGCAGAAGGCCAUAGAGAGAUUUUUGUUUGCUUUUAAUUUUAUUUGUUUUGUAGCACCAUUUCUUUUGUGACAAAAUUCAUUUUGGAUCUAGUUGGCAACUUUGAUUCGACACGCAACACACUACACAGACGCAAACACAAUGUACGUAAAACCGAUGAUAGCAAUGUUUUGGCUUCACAGAGAAGAACUAACAAAAAAUAACAAUGAAAUCAUAAUACGUGCAAGCGAGAAACCCGAAAACUACUACCAACUCAUUUAAAAAAAAACUGAAAACGAUUGGCCAACAAAAUUAAUGUCCACGCACGUUUGGUCCUGGCAAUUACCAUCAACUUAACAAUUAAGUUCACAAAUGCAGUAAAGUAAAAAUGAAGAACAAGCAAGAAGACCCCCCGAGAGAAGACAGAAGGAAGAGAAUAAUAAGAUGGAAGAGAAAAAAAACAAGCAAACAAGUAACGGAUAAAUAAAGAUAAACAACCUUUGUAUCUUCUCUAUAUGCGAAAGAAAAAUAAAUGAAAAUAAAUGUUA